UGGAGUUCAAGCAUGUAUUCCAAACAUGUUCGUUACGGACUCAUCGCAUUUGAUCGAGGGAUGUCAUAAGUGCUGAGUACACUUGUCAUAAUCUCGAUCAUGGCGAUCCUUAGCUUUACUCUCAACCCCGAGUCCCUGGACAAGCUUCACAGUGCUCUGGCAUGCCUGUCGAAGUUCUCAGAGGCUGUGUCUAUAGAGGCAUCUCAUGACAAGCUCGUUUUGACAGCUCUCAACUCUUCCAAAUCAGCAUAUGCAUCCUUCACAUUAGGGAGCAAGUUCUUUUUAAAGUACCUUUACAAGCCUGUGAGAACCGCGGGAUCUCUACCAAAAGACAAAUUCACAUGUAGGAUAUAUAAUAAGGCCUUAUUGUCUGUUUUCAAAGGCCGCACAGUCGAUCCUACAAGAGAGAAGGACACCGCGGUUGAGAAAUGCAAUGUGUCUGUUGAAGAUGGCGAAGGCCAAACCAAGAGUCGUUUUGUGAUCAAAAUGAUUUGCAGACAUGGCGUUCUCAAGACUUACCGUCUGACGUUCGAAGCUGUUGCGCCUAUGCAUGCUCUGUUCGUCAAGGAGAGUGCCAAUAAUAGCUGGUCAAUCUCUUCUCGGACCCUCAGGGAGUUUGUUGAGCAUUUCGGACCUGGGACUGAGCAGCUAGACAUCUACUCUGAAGAUGGUAGGGUCAGCUUCACCAGCUACACAGAGAAGAUCAUGUCAGGAAGUGAAAUACUGAAACAGCCAUUACAUACUACAAUUGCUGUGGACACUCUUGAAUUUGGCGAGUUUUCCGUUGAGGAGAAGCUUCACAUUGUCAUCAGUGUCAAGGAUUUCAAAGCCAUUGUUGCACAUUCAGGCAUAUCAAACACUAUGGUUAAGGCAUUGUAUUCGCACCCAGCAAGUCCAAUGCAGCUAUCAUAUAGCGAGGAUGGUAUAUUGAGCGAGUUCAUUCUUAUGACUAUUGGUGAUUCGAGGGGUGCUUCAGCCACACCAGCGCCGAACGCCUCUAGAGCCACCUCGAAGAGACCAGCGUCAAGGCAGCCUUUGGAGGCGACCUCUAGCUCCAAGAGAGCAGCAACCUCGAUGCCUCCACCACCAACUAGUGCUGCUCCGAGUCGAGCUCGUGAGGCAAGCAGAGUUUCCAGACCAUCUCCUCCUCCACCGCAGCCUAGUGUUCAGUCGCAGUCGCUGUUCCUACCAGCGGAUGAUGAUGAUAGGCAGUGGGAUCCAUCGAAUUAUGAUGACGACGACGAGCCGCUGCUCUGGGACCAGGGUGACGGAAAGGUAAAAAUUCUUGAUUCCUGCAAGCUCCCUUAUGCUAAAUUCUUCCAGAACUCGUUGACUAUGAAUUCCGGACCAGAGGCCUCCAAUAAUCAAGGCCCAGGUGAAAAUGGAGCUUCAUAUCCCGAACCAACACAGCGUUUGGCGCCAACACAGAGGCUAUCAGAAGUAUGCUUCCUGUAUUCUAUGCGAGGCAUUAUAACUAACAGCCCUAGGUCAAUAAACUCGGAUUGUUCGACUGAACUCUGAUGAGACCCGAGACCAAACAUUUCCUGGUUCCCAGAACGAGACAUAGCAUUGCAAUACACCAGGAGGAAGAACAUUGCUGAUCUACUUAGGAACAGCUGAUGGAUCUUUGGCCUGGGCCACGAUCCUAGGCACGCAGAUGAAGCAAUAGCUCAGCUAGUGAUACAAACCCAACUAGAAGCGCAUCCCGCUCCGAUACUAGAUAUUUUACUGCCAGGUGGUAGAUAUUGUGAAGAAGCAAUGAUAUUCCACCUGCCCUUGACGUCUCCGUUCGUGGUACUUGGUCCGCAGUUGCCAUGCUCACCCCAACCCCAGGCGAGAACCUUUCCAUCAUUUGUGAGUCCCAACGCAUGCUCACUGCCAACUGAAAUUUGUGAUAGUGGUGGGAGCUCGGAAGGAGGCAGCUGUCCAUGAUCAUCUCGUCCCCAAAAGUGUAAGGUUCCGUCCUGUUGCAAGAGAAAUAUGCUGCCCCAGGUCGCACCGACAUCUUUCCACCCAGGAACAGCUUGUGGUGCCGAAGAUCUAAUAUGCCACUUGUCGGACCCCAGAACAACAUGUUUCCCAGUCUCAGGCUCACCAAGCAGGUAUGUGAAUUCUCGGCCACAAACUGCUCGAACAACCUUGAAAUCCAGUCCAGUAAACUUCCGCGGUUCGUAGACAAUGCCUUCAGGUUGACUUAUCUGACCUUUUCGUCCACUCCCCCAUCCAUAGACAUCUCCAUUGCUCAGAACAGCAACAACAUGGCUUACUGAAGCUGCCAGAUCUACGACUUCGAGACCUUCCGGUGGAAAUUCUUUGAUCAGCUGCGCUUUUGAUGAACGAAAUAGAAGCUGUCCCAGACCAAGCUCCCCCUUGUUUCCAAUUCCAAACGAGAAUACCUUCGUAGCACGGUCAUCUUCACCUCGUUGGACGAUAAUAGAUGCUUCCCAUGUUGCAGCACAUAAAACGACCUCAGGCUUGGUUUCUUCAGUUUCGAGCCGCACUUGAUGAAAAUGGGCGUCUAGGACUUUCUGGGUCGGUAGAAGACCGCAUGCGCCAGUAGUAUAAUCUCCAGAGCAGUAAAGAUUUCCAGAUGCUAGCAGUAGCGUAUGGUUUCCUCCAGCUCUGACUUGAGUGGCGUGGGAGAUAGUAGUGUCGGGAUGGAAAAGGACCUGCUUAGGGACCGAGACGUCUUCUUUAUGUCCAAUUCCAAGCUGACCCGACCCGUUGGAUCCGAGAGCAUAGAUCACAGGCAUUAUCGUAUUCUGCUGCUUUUCCAAGCAUGUUUGUUGUCUUUGUUUGAAUUCAACCAGGGAGAAUCCAGUCUAUUAUCACGUGACAGUACAAUAUGCGCUAGGUCGUGUGAGGAAUGGUCGGUCUCCCUAGCGCACACAGCCGACUUUCUCCAAAUUUCAAUUCUUGCGAACUUUUCCUCGACC